CUCAGCUACAGCAAACCUGUCUUGUCUUCUCUUGCCUGACGCUUCUUUCGCAGAUAGAAAAUGGUUCCAAUGGAGGUAUUGAAUGGGGUCCAGAAAGUUCCAGAACCCAGUCCAGAAAGGGUGAGCCUGAAGGUUCUAGAUCCCAGCCCAGACAAUGAAAGAACCAUUCACUGUUUCGCCCACACCAUGGCUGAAGACAUAAUGUACUCAGCUACAUAUGAGUCCUCAUCCGGGUGUCCUCCAGUCCAGGAGAGACUGGCAGAGAAGUUAGCCUCUCUGGCCAUCACAGCUGCCUUGAAGGAAGCAAUUAGAAGUGAGAUCUUUUGGUCUAAUACAAGAUCUUGGUCAUACUCCAACCCCAUCCCAUCCUCAGAUAGAAGGGAGCAGGGACUACACAAUACAAGACAUGGGGAGGUUCAUAUGCACACAGAGAUGAGUGGCAACGGUGAGAAACCUCAAUAUAAUCCCAAUGUGACCAUCAAGUCCCACAGCUCUGGAUCAUCCACCUCCACUUCACAACCCUCCAAGCACACCCACUCCUACUGCUCCUUCUUACCCCAGUCAGGGCUUCCUACAGUGGGAUCACUGGACUACCCAGAUGCCCCCCCAACCACCCCUCUUUUCCCAGAGAUGGUCCAGAGCAGGGCUAGCUUUACCCAAAAACUAAAGGGGCGUUUGGCUAAAGAGUUCCUCCCCUCUCCCCCUCCCCCUACCCCUAAGGAAAAGCACAGAGAGGGGGGGCUCGCAUUGGAGACUGUGGGGGAGAUUGAGGACAACCGGGAGGGGGAGGAUUUCAUGGGGCGUCUAUGGAGCUCUCUUUCUCUAGAGUGUUCUGAAAGAGAGGAAGUUUGGAAAGAAGAGGAAGAGAUUGAUUUACCAACAGGUAUUUUGAUGGACGGUUAUGAAGAGCGAGGACCCCAUGGAAGGAGAGCCAAGCUGAUGGCAUUUGUGGAUGCACUAUAUGUGGAUGCACUCUCUGAUGAGAUCACCACCUGGAUGACAAAUAACAUGACAAAUAUUGACAACCUCUCUCUGAUAUGUGAUCAAAUGGUUGAUCAAAUCAUCACAUCCUCCAUGAGUGAGGUGAGGCUGAGGAAGUACGUUGGAAGGCUGGUCUCAGAUGCACUCUCCCUGGGAUGGGAAGCGCAGAAGGCGGCCUCUCUCCAUGACUCCCUGGUUCUCCGGCAGGAGCAGAUAGGGAGAAGGGAACCAAACCCAAUGGACCCUGAGGCUCAUCUAAUUGUCUAUCCCUAUCCAACCAAUCCCAACCAGUCAUCCAGCAUCCAACUUUGUUCACCCAAAACCAAUGAGAUGGAUCUGGAUCUGACCACCAACACAGCCCACCCUCCAGCCCACUCGCCAACCUCUGUAAUCAGUCAAUCCUAUGCUGAAGACUUGGCCCGAGCUGUGGUGAGGUGUUGAGUAAUGGAAGCCUCCAGGAAGCAGUGUAUGUAGCUCUCCAGGGUUGCAUCCCAAAUUACACCCUACUCCCUGUAUGGUGGACUACUAUUGACCAAAUCUCUGGUCAAAAGUAAUGCACUAUAUAGGGAAUGUAUGUAGUUUUCCAGGCUGGUUGGACAGUGUUGGACGGCCUGGUGGUAAAAAAAACCUAACUGACCCCAAGAGGGCGACAUUAGAGUAAUAAACAGCUCCUGAAGAAAGUGUUGGCGAUGGAAAACAGUUGGUAAUGUCAAAACUGAUGACCUUGAUGUAAGACACAACCUUAAACCCACAAUUAUGAUUAGGUUUGUUUACAUGACCUAUAGACCUAAUUAGGAAUGGACUUUGAAUUUGCUAACUUCUGAUGAUAUUGCCACAAGGUUGGAGUUAGUGGUCAAAAUGACAUGCUACUAUUGCCAGAACCGAUGAGGUUGAUGUACAUGGACUAUAACCUAAACACAAAAUUAAGAAUGCAUUGUUUAUGUAUAUUUGCUUUCUGACAAUAUUCCCUGCCACAAGGUUAGAGUUAGUGGUCAGACAAUGUUGUCGUGCACGUGAACCUGAACCAUAGCUUGAACUGAAAGAGAAAAUUGACAAUGUUUGCCUCUUCAUUAAUUCACAUAGAAGUAGUCCAUUUCACCCCCUUCAAUAUGCAUACUAUAAACAGACCAAUCUCAUCUUGUCACCUCUUAUUAUCUUUGGUUGAUGCAAAAAAAACAAGCAUGUCGGAGUGCACAAACUACCCAUCACCGGAUUACUUUCGAUUUCUAGAAAUUGUUUUACUCAAUUAUUUCGCUCACCCAUGAUGUGAUUAAUUAUAAAUAGUAAUUGCUAAUAGCUAAUUCAUUUUGUAGUUUCUGUCAGCCGAGAGUUCUAAAAAUAUGACCACUUGUGAUAUAUCAAUCUUUCCUCAGUUAGCGCUAGGACAAAUGUAGCCUACAUUUAACCGGUUUGGAUGAUUGUGUUCUGCUGUAGCUACUUCUGUGAAUGUCUGAACAUUGCAUCCAAAAAUAAACUGUUCACAUUCUGGACAUAACUUUGUAAGGACUGUGUUUGUGUAAACAGUUUCUGAAAAAAAGUGUGGCCAGCUUGUUGCGUGAUUCGAAAUUUGAGUUUCCAAAUAGGUGUUCUAAUCACACCGGUUUGAUUGUAUGCUACAGGGAAGGUGGAAAGGUUAA